GCGACGAGACUUUUGUUUUUGUCAGUUGCAAAUCGCGAUCGAAGCAAGCAGCAUUUUCCUUGAUAAUUUUAUGAUAGCAAGUUCGGGUUGGUGAAAAUUCGUGAAAAUUUCGAUUGUAGCGGCGUUUUCUGACAUCUCACCGGACCAGGCGAAAUUCAGUUGGUCGAAAUUAGAGGUCACCUGUGAUCGGUAUCAGAACAGAACAAACUGUAGCAGGAUGAAUCGUUUGGCGAAGCUUCGGCUCCGCUCGUCCUCCGGAGUGGGGCUCAACGCGAGUUGUCAGUCGCUAGGCAACGGGGCUGGCUACGAAACGGCCAACGACGAGAGUAUCACCUCCGGAUGCUCGCUGUACUACUCGGUGACGGAGGAGGCCGAUGCCAAUGGAACGGCUACGAACGAGGUGGUGGCUGAAGGGCUGGAAGAUGAAGAACAACAGAAGAAGGUGGCAGCGGAGAAGGAGGACAACUCGAUCGAUGCGACGUUGGAGAAUGACUUCAGCGUGGAGGAGGUGAGCACAAUCAGGAAGCCAAUGAUAGUGGCCGCAUCGCCUGCUACGGUCAAGAUUGCGAGCAAAAUGAGCUGCAAGUAUUUGGGGGUGUCGUCGACGCCUGCCAAGGUGCUGUGCCGCAGUGCAGGGAAGAAUCUCAGCGGGAUCGCAAAGCUGAACGAAACGGACGAAAAGCAGCCGAUGCCAUCGGCGAUGAAGAAAAUGCGGGAACCGAAGUUAUCGGAGGGAUCGUCGGCGGAUGACGGUGAGGAAUCGAAGAUGACCCUGGAGAGCAGUGUCCAAUCGGUGGUGGAAAGAGGAACGCCGGCAGCCGGACAUAAAUCUUUCGGGACGAACGUUUUGGCGCAAUUUUUCGAGUCGCUGGACGUCAACAAAGCAUCUCCGGUUCCGCAGAUCAAGGUUAGCGAUCCGGACGGAAUGGUAAAGCUGGCCACUCCAGAGAAACGACGAGAAUCGAAUUCGCUGGAGAACUUCUUUGAGUCGUUGAAGAAACAACCGGAUCAGGAACCAAAGGAAGGGAAAGAGAAUAAACCUAUCAGCGAGCGUAAGAAAGCGGUCCGGAAAUCGUUAAUCCCCAAGAUUGCCGAAGAAACGCGACCAAAAACCAGAAGCUCCCUAUUCGGAGUGGCAGACAAUCGAGUAGCAUCUCCGAUUGUGAAACCUUCGCGAAAAUCUAGCACCGUUCGGUUGAUUCCGGACCGGCUGAAAGAGAUGCGGAAGGCAAACCAGUCGGACCUGGUAAAAGUGACAAGAAAAUCGGUGAUUCCUCCUCCAACGAAGACGAUCGUGGCGCAGGUUUCCAAGGUCCCUGAACCUAAGAUGUCAACUUCUUCGGAUGCAGGGGAGGAUAUUGUGGGAGAUUCGAUCAAGGUGGGACCGAAUCGGAACUCGAUGGUUCCUGCUCCUAAGGUUGGGACGACGACGAGCACGACGGCAAUCAAACCGAUUACCAGUGGUGUCGCCUUGAAGCGUAAAUCGGUUAUGCCACCAGUUGUAUCGCGCAGAUCGGUUCUACCAGCCAAGAAUCCUCGACGGUCCGUUGUUUCAGCCCCCUCAAAGGUUGCCCUGAAAGUACCAGCCAAGACUACGUUGACAAGCAGUGACACAUCUCGUCGCACUACCCUUGGAAAGCGACCCACCACAGACUCCUCAAUUGACCGGCCGGAACCUCUGGCCAAGCAACGUAAAUCUCUCGCCCCGGUCAAAGAAGCCAAAACAGAUCGCUCCCCGAAAGACACCCAAUCGAGACCGAUUUCUCGGAUUCGUCCACCAUCCAUAGCUGGCAGCACUGCUCCAGUGCCAUUCAAAAAGCCAGAAACGUUCAACUGCGAAACCUGCCAGCGUCCAUUCCGACUGAAGUCCUCUCUCGAAACGCACAAAAAGUUAGCUCAUCAAGCCGCGACUCCAUCCUCAGACGGAACACCGCCCGGUGCAACAACCCCGGACACCAAGUGCCGUUACUGCUCGAAAUCCUUCAUCAACGGAAAAAUCCUUUCGAACCAUAUGAUUUCCAACUGCCUGAAGAUUCCCAUCCCGGACAAGCGCAAACUGCUCGCUCAAGACGAUAGAGAACGGGCCAAGUCUUCCCCGUCCAGAGGCACCCCGAUCGCGAAUGGGUUCCUGAAACCACCCACAGCCAGCGGAAGUGCCACUUCCCUCGACACGGAUACAUCCACUUCGAGCAGCAUCGGAGACACCAGUGCCAAUAGUAGCAGUGCUUCAACUCGUCCCGCUGCGAGCAAAACGGGUGCCAUCCGGAAGCCGGUCCGAACCGGCGUUGGGCACACUGGAAUCACGCGAACGCCCAAGAAAGAAAUGAAGUGUCACCUCUGCAACCGGAGGUACCUGAAUGCGGUGGAAUACGCGUUGCAUGUCCAGGCACACGCCAAGGGCAUGGAAUCGUUGGACGCCAAAACGGUGACAACGGACGAAGCGACAAAGCUGGUCAAAUUGGGCAGCAAGCAGGCUUGAGCAUCAGCGCAAUGGAGAGGCGCACUUUUGAGCGUGAUGUGUUGUAGGUACUCGAAUUUCGUUUUUGAAACAUUUUCUAUGAUAAAGACUUUCUAUUUCCGACAAUGCGCGAAUUUAGUGUUUAGUGUCGUUUGUUUCGUAAAUAAAAUUAUUUCUCUUGUA